CCAAAGCUUCCAAAGCCUUACGGCAGUGAAAGUUUAGAGAGCAGGAGGAGGAGAAGCGGCUGACUUUGGGAUUUGGUCUGUGCACAACGCACAGCCUUCUGUCUGUUACUGCAGCCUGCAGGAGCACACAGUCUCAGGAGGGACAGUCCUCAGCAGCGAGAAGGAAACUCCAACCAAAAUGCUGGCUACACGGUGUCUCCCCUGCGUUCUGUUAGUGCUAUUAGAGCUGGCUCUUGCCCAGUACGAACACCUCGGCUACCCACCGGGCUACCCCGAACCAGAGCAGGAACAGUACACUGCUCCGCAGCUGGCUCCCGACACACCCAGGAUUCAGCUCAGAUUGGCGGGAGAUAAGAGGAAACACAACGAGGGCCGCGUGGAGGUUUUCUACAACAGCGAAUGGGGCACUGUCUGUGAUGAUGACUUCAAUAUCCACGCCGCUCAGGUGGUGUGCAGGGAGCUGGGUUACCUCGAAGCCAUCUCAUGGUCACCAUCCUCAAAAUAUGGAAAAGGCCAAGGACCCAUCUGGUUCGACAAUCUCCACUGCACUGGCAAAGAAAAGACCUUGGCGCUGUGUCCCUCCAAUGGGAUCGGUGUUUCAGACUGCAAACACAGUGAAGAUGUCGGUGUGGUGUGCAGCGACAAGAGGAUCCCGGGAUUUAAAUUUGUCAAUACACUACCCAACCAUGUAGAGAGCCUUGAUAUUCAAGUGGAGGACGUGCGCAUACGAGCCAUCCUGUCAUCGUACCGUAAGCGAAUCCCUGUAACCGAGGGCUAUGUAGAGGUCAAAGAUGGCGGUAAAUGGAAGCAGAUCUGUAACAGUGAGUGGACCCAGCUUGACAGCAGAGUCAUCUGUGGCAUGUUUGGCUUCCCCGGGGAGAGGAAGUACAAUGCCAGAGUCUACAAGAUGUUUGCACGCCGGAGGAAGCCCACAUACUGGGACUACUCUGUCAACUGCACUGGCAAUGAAGCCCAUUUGUCCAGCUGUAAGCUGGGCCAGGCUACAUCACUCAAGUCCAAUGAGACCUGUGCUGGAGGGUUGCCAGUAGUGGUGAGCUGCGUGCCCGGCAGAGCCUUCGCCCCGACACCCAUGAUAGGAUUCAGGAAGGCCUUUCGACAAGAGCAACCGUUGGUUCGUCUUCGCGGUGGGGCCAUCGUAGGCGAGGGCCGAGUGGAGGUGUUGAAAAACGGAGAGUGGGGCACCAUAUGCGAUGACAACUGGAACCUACUGUCUGCCUCCGUGGUGUGCCGAGAGCUGGGCUUCGGGACAGCCAAAGAAGCCCUAUCUGGAGGUCGCCUGGGACAAGGUAUGGGCCCGGUGCACAUGAAUGAGGUGGAGUGCUCUGGAUUUGAGAAGUCCAUCACAGAGUGUUUCUUCAACAAGGAGGCGCUCGGUUGCAGCCAUGAGGAGGAUGCUGCCGUCAGAUGUAACGUUCCUGCUAUGGGCUUCCAGGAGUCGCUGCGUCUGAGUGGAGGUCGUAACCCCCAUGAGGGCCGUGUGGAGGUGCUGAUGGAGAGGAACGGUUCCCUGGUGUGGGGCACGGUGUGCAGUGACGGCUGGGGAACCAUAGAGGCCAUGGUGGUCUGCAGACAGCUGGGCCUGGGUUUCGCCAGCAACGCUUUCCAGGAGACGUGGUAUUGGCCGGGAGAGGUGAGUGCCGACGCUGUGGUGAUGAGUGGCGUUCGCUGCUCAGGCACUGAGAUGUCCCUGUCCCACUGCCUGCACCACGGAGCCCACCUCAACUGCCCCAGAGGAGGCGGACGCCACGCCGCCGGAGUCUCCUGCUCUGAGACCGCUCCUGACCUGGUGUUGAACCCUCAGGUGGUGGAGCAGACCACCUACAUGGAGGACAGACCCAUGUUCAUGCUGCAGUGCGCGUACGAGGAGAACUGUCUGUCCUCCACCUCCAGCCAGGUGCCGGCCAACUCCUACCGCCGCCUGCUGCGCUUCUCCUCCCAGAUCCACAACAAUGGCCAGUCUGACUUUCGGCCCAAAGCUGGCAGGCAUGAUUGGGUGUGGCACGACUGUCACAGGCAUUAUCACAGCAUGGAGGUGUUCACGCUCUAUGACCUGUUCACCUUAAACGGAACCAAAGUGGCAGAAGGACACAAAGCAAGUUUUUGCCUGGAGGACUCAGAGUGUGAUGAAGGUAUUGAAAAGAGGUAUGAGUGCGCUAACUUUGGAGACCAAGGUAUCACUGUGGGCUGCUGGGACACCUACAGGCACGAUAUCGACUGCCAGUGGGUCGACAUAACUGACAUGAAACCUGGAGAUUACAUUUUCCAGAUAGUGAUUAAUCCAAACUAUGAAGUACCCGAGUCAGACUACACGAAUAACGUCAUGAAAUGCAGAUGUCGAUAUGAUGGCCAUCGUGUGUGGAUGUACAGCUGUCAUAAUGGUGGCUCAUUAAGCACUGAAUCAGAACAGACGUUCCCAGGCCUGCUCAACAACCAGGUGACCCACAGGUAAAGACAAAGCAGAGGAGAGGAGUCAACAGGCCGUUACCCACCCGGCAAGGAGGCCAUCUGAUUCCCACCAACCACUACACAUCUUCAUCUGUGGUGGAUUCUUCCCGGCAGCCCUGCCCUGUUCUCCCUCCUCCAUGAGGCAGCAGCUUUCUUUGACCCUUCACCCUCCUUUCCCCCGAGCAGAAAGAAUAUUUGAUUCCCCCUCCUGUCCAAACAGAGGCAGCUACAGCCUUACCAACACUUUCAACCUUCCUGCUUAAGAUCAAGAGAAUGGUGAAGCUCUCCGUGUGCCCUGUGACUUUUGGUUAUUGAACGAGUCAUGAAAUAAACCUGCUGGGAAGUGGCAGAUAUUUUACACACAAGGUGCAGUAUUGGAGGAUGUCAUCAAGAAUGGGUCUCCUUUGAAGUGAAUGCACCUUAACAGAACCCUGCUGCAUCACCUUUUGUUCAAAGGUCACCCUGGAGAGUGCCAGGUCGCCUGAGGAUUGCGAGGAAUCAUCAAUAACAACAGCAGCAGUCUGUUUGGAAAUAAAUGCAGUAUUCCAA